AUGUGGGUGUACCCUCUCAAGACUAAGGGGGAGGUGGCAGCGGCUGUUCUCAAGGAGUGCAUGCUGAGAGCUCAAAGGGAAAGCGGACACAAGGUGAAGGUGAUCUGCACCGACAACGGAGGAGAGUUCAUUGGCAAUGAGUUUGAGGCGGUGCUGAAGAAGAAGGGCAUUCAGCAUCAGCUCACAGUGCCCUACAACCCUCAACAGAAUGGCGUGGCUGAGCGGUUCAACCGGACCCUGCACGAAGGUGCUCGCACUCUCCUUGGGCGUGUAGGGCUGCCGGAUCCGUUUUGGGUGACUGCACUGCGGCAGGUCAAUCUUGUGAAGAACAAGGUGCUGGCGACUGUGGGGGAAAAGCAGUGGGUCCCCUUACACGAAGUGGAGUGGAAGCAGGAGCAGCAGAAGCUUCCUACUACACCGCUGAUGAUUGAGGCUGAUGAGGUGCAGCGGCCUUCGAGGCAAGUGCAGGUCACUGUCUCAGAGGAGGAGCUCUCUGGGGUGACUGAGGAUGGGGGAGAACCUGAGGUGGAGGAGCAACAGCAGCAGCAGCAACAGCAGCAACAGCAGAAGCAGUAG